CACAGUUCACUAACAUCCGCCAAGGCACCACUCAAGUCAACUGAAGAACAAGUUGCACCGGCUGUACUGCAACAUACGUUGUCCUUAUUUGAGAUGUAAUUCUGCGUAUUAGAGUAGUCAAACGCCGGAGUCUCCCUUGUGGGCCGAGUGCAGCCGUUCCUCUGGCUCUGGGUAGAUCUGCUGAGGUGUGGAAGUGCACUGCUUUGCAUGCUGAGUCCUGAUUACAGACGGUGGCAAAGCUUUCUCUUUUGAGCUGCGCGGAAAAGUCAGUGAGACACAUUCAACCCUUCGUGGCAGCUCACUGAAACACACCCAACCUGGAUUUGACAGCGGUCACUCGCUCGAAAGCCCUCCUGACCAUGGGAUUGUGGGCUCGGACCUUCACGCUCGUCUGCUUGAUAACGUCAUCGGUGAAGGGGAGAGUGGAAAAGGAGCCGCCUCCCGAGUGCAGAGAAUUCCUCUACCUGAGAACGCCGCCGACCGGGCUGGAGCACAGCUCCCUGCAGUUCAUCUGCCAGCAUUACAACAAGAAGCCCCGCUACAUGACGCUGUUCAACACCGUGGACCACAUACCCGUGUACUCUGCGUACACCUUCAAACGCUCCGACGGGGAGAAAUGCGUGGACGUGCCGUGGAUGUAUGAACCGCAGCUGUCCACAGCCUCUGACACAGAGGAGAUGCAGCCCUUCCCGCUCGGUUACAGUCACAUGAAUUUUGAAGACGCCCAAGCUGUUCUGGACGACUACACAAACGCCAUCCUUUACGAGCGCGGCACCCUCAACCCGGACGUGCAUCAGGACGACCCCGACGACAAGGCCUCCACCUACACGCUCACCAACGUGGUGCCCAUGGUGCCCGACGUCAACAACCGGGUGUGGAACAAACAGGAGCACGUCAUCCGCCAACGGCUCAACAACUACUGCCACGGGACGGCUUACGUCGUCACGGGCAUCACCACCUCGGGCAAGACGAUCCGCCGGGAAAACGUGAACCGCGUAGCUGUCCCGGCCUACUUGUGGUCCGCCUAUUGCUGUGUGGACUACGACCACAACGCGCCCUAUGACGAGCGCUACAAGUUCCCAUCUUUUGCUCACUACGGCCUGAACGAGGGGGAGAAGAACGAGGUGGUGGAAGUCUCCGUCGAGAAGCUGAAGGAGUUCCUCAAGAAGACCACCUUCGUAGACCAGAGCUUUCAGAUCUUUGUGGGGGACUGCGUCCCACCAGGGUCUAGAUGAAACUAAUUAGCGUGAAUAAUGGUUGUGCUCAUGUGUCCCAGUAAGCGAUGACAGUGACAGACAGGUAGCCAGCAUGCAAAGUACCAGGAUGUAGAAGCAGCUAAAUGGUAUUGAUUCUAUUGUUCACACCUGGACUUUUUCUGCUGUGAAAUAACUUCUCCAGCCUAAUGUAGGAGCUCAACAUGGAAUUAAUUUCAUUACUAAAAAUACAAACACAGAGGCUGAGUUCCUUAGGGGUGCUAAGAAAAGGGAAAAUGCAUCAAAGAUCCAGCUACUUUGUCUAAUUUGUGUGAAUAAACCAUUGUGAACUAUAA